CUGCCACUCUCACCAUGGAGGCCUUCUUUAGGAGACACUUCAGGAGGAAGGGGCCGGGGGCAGGCCUCAGUGGGCAGCGGCGGGGGAGCAGGGUGGCCCUCCCUACAGGCAAGGUGCGACGCCGAUCCCCAGCCGGCCAGCCUUCCUCCUCGCUGGUCCAGCAGCGCCGCUCCAGCUCACACCUGCAGGGCUGCCUCCUUAGCUGCGGGGUGGGGGCUUCCCGCCGCCGCUCCAGCACCGUGCCUCCCGGCCACAGCCCCCAUUCGAUUGUGGAGCAAGUGCCACCCCGGAGGUUGGCACAGUCUGUCAUUGAAACACAUCUCCUGGGCACCCCCGUGCUCCUCACUGGUCUCCCGGGAAAGAAUGAAGAAGAGGAGGAAGAGGCCGGGGUCCUGGUGCUGGGGACCCAUCAGGCAGGUGGCCAGGAGCUGACCGGCCCCAGGGCCCAGCACCCGGGCACGCGGCCUUGGCUCCACGUGCCCCGGUGUCUGCGGCGACGCCGAAGAUCUUCCCACCUGCUCCCCACUGAGGUGAUGUACGAUCGGACCAUCUGGGGCCUGCAGGGUUACUACCGACGGCUCAGCCAGUACCGGCCCCCAGGGCAGCACCUUAUCCCUGGUCCCCGAAGAGCCUCCGGCGCCUCUGCCAGCCCCCUCCUGCUGGGCCACCUGCGCCCCCUGUCCCGAAGGCGGCAAGUGGCUUUGAAACGCAAGUCAGCUGGACCAGAGGCCUGGAGUUCUCUGCUCUCGAAAGCCAUUGCCAAGUCAGGUCUCCAACAUCUGGCACCUCCCAACCCGAGCCCUGGCGCCCCCUGCGGCGAGCCUGAGAGGCAGAUUCGAAGCACCGUGGACUGGAGCGAGACAGCCGCCUACGGGGAGCACCUCUGGUUCGAGACCAAUGUAUCUGGGGACUUCUGCUACGUCGGGGAGCAGUACUGUGUCGCCAAGAUGCUGCAAAAAUCAGUGUCUCGACGAAAGUGCGCUGCCUGCAAGAUUGUUGUGCACACGCCCUGUAUCGAGCAGCUGGAGAAGAUUAACUUCCGCUGUAAGCCGUCCUUCCGGGAAUCAGGAUCUAGGAAUGUGCGGGAGCCCACUUUUGUUCGUCACCACUGGGUGCAUCGGCGCCGCCAGGAUGGCAAGUGCCGGCAUUGUGGCAAGGGUUUCCAGCAGAAGUUCACUUUCCACAGCAAAGAAAUCGUGGCCAUCAGCUGUUCGUGGUGUAAGCAGGCGUACCACAACAAGGUCUCCUGCUUCAUGAUCCAGCAGAUCGAGGAGCCCUGCUCCCUGGGGGCCCACGCCGCUGUGGUCAUCCCCCCGACCUGGAUCCUGCGGGCCCGACGCCCCCAGAACCCACUCAAGGUCAGCAAAAAGAAGAAGAGGGCAUCUUUCAAGAGGAAAUCCAGCAAAAAGGGGCCUGAGGAGGGCCGGUGGAAACCCUUCAUCAUCAAGCCCACCCCAUCCCCCCUCAUGAAGCCCCUGCUGGUGUUCGUGAACCCCAAGAGCGGAGGCAACCAGGGUUCGAAGAUCAUUCAGUCCUUUCUGUGGUAUCUCAACCCGCGGCAAGUCUUUGACCUGAGCCAGGGUGGGCCCAAGGAGGCGCUGGAGAUGUACCGGAAAGUGCACAACCUUCGGAUCCUGGCAUGUGGGGGCGAUGGCACAGUCGGCUGGAUCCUCUCCACCCUGGAUCAGCUUCGCCUGAAGCCAUCCCCUCCUGUCGCUAUCCUACCCCUCGGCACCGGCAAUGACCUGGCCCGGACCCUCAACUGGGGCGGGGGUUACACGGAUGAGCCAGUGUCCAAGAUCCUGUCCCAUGUGGAAGAGGGUAAUGUCGUGCAGCUGGACCGAUGGGACUUGAGAGCGGAGCCCAACCCAGAAGCCGGGCCUGACGACCGGGAUGAGGGGGCCACCGACAGGCUGCCCCUAGACGUCUUCAAUAAUUACUUCAGCCUCGGCUUUGAUGCCCACGUCACCCUGGAAUUUCACGAGUCUAGAGAGGCCAAUCCAGAAAAAUUCAAUAGCCGGUUUCGGAACAAGAUGUUUUAUGCUGGGACGGCCUUUUCUGACUUCCUCACGGGCAGCUCCAAAGACCUGGCCAAGCACAUCCGAGUGGUGUGCGAUGGCGCAGACCUGACCCCCAAGAUCCAGGACCUGAAGCCCCAGUGCAUCGUCUUCCUGAACAUCCCCAGGUAUUGUGCGGGCACCAUGCCCUGGGGCCAUCCCGGUGAUCAUCAUGACUUUGAGCCCCAGCGGCAUGACGACGGCUACCUCGAGGUCAUCGGCUUCACCAUGACAUCACUGGCCGCUCUCCAGGUGGGCGGGCAUGGCGAGCGUCUCACCCAGUGCCGGGAGGUGCUGCUCACCACGGCCAAGGCCAUCCCGGUGCAGGUGGACGGGGAGCCCUGCAAGCUGGCUGCUUCCUGCAUCCGCAUCGCGCUGCGCAACCAGGCCACAAUGGUGCAGAAGGCCAAGCGGAGGAGCUCUGUCCCCCUGCACAGCGACCAACAGCCUGUACCUGAGCAGCUGCGCAUCCAGCUACGCCGGGUCAGCAUGCACGACUACGAGGCCUUGCACUACGACAAAGAGCAGCUCAAGGAGGCCUCCGUGCCGCUGGGCACUGUGGUGGUGCCGGGGGACAGUGACCUGGAGCUCUGCCGUGCCCGGAUUGAGCAGCUGCAGCAGGGGGAACCCAACGGGGCAGGAGCCAAGGCUUCGUCGGGCCAGAGACUGUCACCCAAUUGGUGUUUCCUGGAUGCAACCACAGCCAAUCGAUUCUACAGGAUAGAUCGAGCCCAGGAACAUCUCAACUACGUGACAGAGAUUGCGCAGGAUGAACUCUAUGUGCUGGACCCAGAACUGCUGGGCACCCCUGCCAGGCCUGCCCUCGGGGCCUCCCAAAGCCCUGGCCCCACCUCUCCACCACCCCCAUCCCCCAGGCCCAGGCCAGACCAAGGGGAUGCAGUGCCCCCAAAAGGUGAAGGCUUGAUAGAGGCCGCUGAGAGCAAUGACUUCUGUAAGUUCCAGGAGCUCCACCGGGCCGGGGGGGACCUCAUGCUCCGGGACGAGCGGGGCCGCACCCUCUUGCACCAUGCAGUCCGAGCCGGGAGCAAGGAGAUCGUCCGCUACCUCCUGGACCACGCCCCCACGGAAAUCAUCGAUGCAGUAGAAGAGAAUGGGGAGACCUCCCUCCAUCAGGCAGCAGCCCUGCGCCAACGCACCAUCUGCCACUACAUCGUGGAGGCCGGAGCCUCCCUCAUGAAGACGGACCUGCAGGGGGAUACACCGAGGCAGCGGGCGGAAAAGGCCCAGGACACCGAGCUGGCCGCCUACCUAGAAAACCGUCAGCACUACCAGAUGAUCCAGAGGGAAGACCAAGAGACGGCCGUGUAGCCCGGUGACCCCAGGAAGCGGGACGUCGUGGUCCGGAUCCUCCCCUGCCCCGGGACCAGCAUGGGGGGAGGGGGCCGGGGCCCUUGGCCGCACUCGUUCACACUGCUACAUUCCACUGGGCCGGGCGGCCAGCACCGUGGGGGGACCCCGCCUGGGGAAGGAGCCCCACGGCCGACCGGGGGCCCGCAGGACUCGAGGGAGGCACGCAGAGACUGGACUCAGAGACGCGCCGAAGCCCACCCCUGCCCCCUUCCUGUGCAUGUUUCUCCUGCCUGGCUUUUGAGCCCCAUCUCCAUCCUGGAAGUCCAGGCCUCUGGCCCUGACCAGCAAGGUUGAGGAAAAGCAGUUUCCUGAGGGAGGGGCAUCACCCAGGCCGGGAGAGCUAGUGACCCUGCCCACAGCGGUCAGGACUAGAGUCUGGACUCUGCCCAUAUAGCCCGGCCAUUGUUCCCCGAGGCCAAACACUGUCUUCAGCUGCCUUAGAAGGGAGAGACGGACGGAGGGAGGGAGGUCUAGAGCAGGGGAGGGGAGGAUUGGGAGGGGAGAUCAGCCAGAAGCCUCGAGGUGAGAAGGGUGUAGAGAAAGCGCAGGAGGGCAGGGGAGGCUGGUGUGGGGAGAAAGCUGCUUGUUGGAGCCUAAGGCAGAUGGAUUGGGCCGGUCGAUGCUGCUGGCUCCCUCUGGAUCCCCAGCCAUCCUGGUCACUUCAGCACCUUCCUGGUGUAGCCUGGCCCCCAUCCCCCCACCCCCAUUGCCUUUUGCGCUCGCCACCCGAUUUCAUCACCAACGGGGCAGCCCCUGCCCAGGGCGGGGGGGGAUCCAUCCAGCACACGGGGGGUGGGGGAGGGUGCCCGGGGAAGCUUGCCAUGGUGUCAUGUUUACAGCCCAGCCGGGUGUAACUCAGUAAAAUGGAUGUUUUUUUUCCUAA